GGCCCUCUCACGCCUGUCCUUAUUUAUUGUGAAAUUAUUGGAAAAAUUUAGCGAUCUAAAACAAAUUUGACUCCAAUUAGUGUUCACUGUUGAGUGUUUGUUAUUAAAUACCCGUCGUUAAGUGUUCCAGUGUGAUUUUUAGUGAGUUUUCCCUCGGAAUAAACUGCGAAACAACCACCAUUACAAACCGUGAGCUAAAAUAGUGUGUAAUGUAGCCACAAUUCAACAACCGUUUCCUUUUUGGUGUGGUUUAAUUAAGAAUUCGUGUCAAAUAAGUGUUAAAAUCGAAUUAGUUGGUGUUUUUAUUAAGCGAGCCACCAAUUUGUUAUUGUUUUGUUUGUGGUGUUUUUGACCCUUUUGCAUUACGUGGUUGCCACAUUUGGACGGGCCCAUUGUGCUGUCGCGACGCAGGGACGGAAGAUCGUAGAGUCGAGACAAGAAAAAAAAACAAUGCAAAAAUGUCAAAUCUAAAGGCUGGUUUACGCUCUCGAAAUUUUUGGAGGUUAACAAUAAUUUGUUGUUGUUGUUGAGGGUGUAUGGUCUCACCACCAUCGAUGGCGUGGCACAAGCACGACCAUAACAUGCUCAUGGAUAAGAACAAGCAGAAAAUCCCAUCGUCGACGUCGUCGUCUACAUCAUCAACCGGACGCCAUGUGCCACUCUACGGUCGUUUGGUAUCCGACGAUUGCGCAUCGAUAUCCUCGGCCCCCUCCACAACCGACAUCCAGGCGAUGCAAGCGCGGAUACCUCUGACGUUCCGCGACCCGUCUAGCGGACCACUGCGCAAACUCAGCGUCGACCUGAUCAAAACCUACAAGCACAUAAACGAAGUUUACUACGCGAAAAAGAAGCGCCGAGCAGCUCAAAUCCCCGAAGACAGCACGCAUAAAAAAGAGAGAAAAGUUUACAAUGAAGGCUACGACGACGAUAAUCACGAUUACAUCAUCAAGGCCGGCGAGAGGUUCAUGGAUCGAUACGAAAUCGAUUCGUUGAUCGGUAAAGGGUCUUUCGGCCAAGUUGUCAAAGCCUACGACAUUGAGGAUCAAUGCAAUGUCGCUGUAAAAAUAAUAAAAAACAAAAAACCUUUUUUGAAUCAAGCCCAAAUUGAAGUCAAGCUAUUGGAAAUGAUGAACAAAGCCGACAUCGACAACAAAUACUACAUCGUCAAGUUAAAAAGACACUUUAUGUGGCGCAACCAUUUGUGCUUAGUCUUCGAAUUGUUAUCCUACAACCUCUACGACUUGUUGCGCAACACCAACUUCCGUGGUGUUUCCUUAAACUUGACACGAAAAUUCGCCCAGCAACUUUGCACGGCCCUACUUUUCCUAUCCACCCCCGAACUGAGCAUCAUCCAUUGCGACUUAAAACCCGAAAACAUUUUGCUGUGCAACCCCAAAAGGUCUGCUAUCAAAAUAGUCGAUUUUGGCAGCUCUUGCCAAUUAGGCCAAAGGAUUUAUCAGUACAUUCAGUCACGAUUUUAUCGGUCGCCUGAAGUUUUGUUGGGAAUUUCUUAUGAUUUGGCUAUUGAUAUGUGGUCGUUGGGUUGUAUUUUGGUUGAAAUGCAUACCGGGGAACCGCUGUUUAGUGGCUCGAAUGAAGUGGAUCAGAUGAAUAAGAUUAUCGAGGUGUUGGGGAUGCCGCCCAAGCAUUUACUGGAUCAGGCCAGUAAAACGAGGAAGUUUUUCGAGAAAGUUCCAGGCGAUAGACGGUUCAUACUUAAAAAGACAAAGGAGGGAAAAAAGUACAAAGCCUCGGGCACCAGGAGGUUGCAAGACAUUUUAGGAGUGGACAACGGGGGCCCGGGAAGCCGACGAGCAGGCGAACCUGGUCAUUCGCAAUCGGACUAUCUCAAAUUUAAGGACCUAAUAAUGCGUAUGCUGGACUACGACCCUAAGACCCGCAUCACACCGUACUACGCGCUGCAACACAGCUUUUUCAAACGGACGACAGACGAGAGCACCAACACGGCAGUCGCGGCCAAUCAGGGCAGCUCCAGCAGCAGUCCGGCAGUCGGCGGGCUAGACUCGACCAAUAACAGUCACGGGUUAAAUCUUGUCAGUCGCUACCCAAACCAGCAAUCGGCCUAUUUGGCCAUGGACUGCGACAUGUACCUCUCUCACAGCAGUCGGUCGAGGUACCAUCACGGUACCGUGGCCAAGCCCCAAGUCCAAGUGGUACCGCAACAGCAGCAGCAACAGGCUCAAGGCAACAGCAAGGACGACGGCAGUCCGAUGGUGGGAGUUCAGUGCGUGCAGCAACAAAGCCCCGUCGUGAUUCAUUAGAGACACAAAAGUUGGUUCAGUGAGGUUUUUUUUUUUUUCGGAGUGGAGUGGCUUGAGAGGGAGACAAAAGGUCUGUUCUGUCAGUCAGAGUUUUUGAUUGGUGCAAACAGUUUUCUGACUGUUUUCAACCAAUGAAAUUCUCUAUGAUUGGUUUGUGAUUUCUGUGUGAAAACAGACCUGGUACAAUUGAUACAAAAACACACGUUAGGCCUCAAUUAUUGUAUGACAAGUUUUAAAAAUUACCAUUUUUUAGGGUGCUGAGUUGCCACCUGUAUUUUUUUUUACUGAUACUUGACAUAUGACAUAAAUUAUUUUACACACAACUGGCUGUGCAUGAAAUCUAGUUUGUAAAUUUUCAAGCCAAUGGUUUUUUCAUACUGAACAAAAUGUCUGUAAAGAGUCAGUUGUUAUUAUUUUAUUUUUUUUUGAGUUUUUAAUGAUUUUUGUGUGAAGACGUAAAACCUUAUAUCGGGACUAUAUGCAAUAAUUAUUAAGUUAAAAAAUGCAUUUAAAAAAAUUGUCCUCUCAAGUCACUCAUAAAAAAAAAAUUAGGUCAUAUUUAGUCCCCAGGACAGGACUCGAAUUGUCGCUUUAUUAUCAAUCAUCCAAUUUUUUUUUCCAACAAGUGACAACAUUGUAAUAUAGAACCACAAUUAUUCUAUAAAAUUGAAUGUUUGUCUAUUUAAAAACGGCUAAGGCCUGCCCUGGUUCUCUCCCUCCCUCUUUUUAUUAUUUGAAUUUUAGCCCAAGACUCUGUGGAACCAGGGUUGGAUUAGGUCUGAGACACUUUUACCACUAGAGGACAAUGUGUUCAAUUAUUGCAAUAUGGACAAAAUUAUGUUUUUUUUUUUUUCUUUUUAAUUUAAGAAUUAAUUUAUGUAAGAAAAAAAAAUGCGACGGAGCCUUUCGAUAACCAAAAACUAAGUAAAAUGGCAUUUAUUCAAAAAAAAUUGGUUACCGAAAGGAGGGCCGGUUUUUUUUUAAUUAAUCAAUUAACUAUGGUAAGUUUUAAUUAAUUUAUUGUUUUAAAUUUUUGCGUUGUAACGAUGAAAAUAAAAAAAAAAUGAUGACGAAGAGUCCCGUUUUUAGUGAAAACAAAAAAAAAGAAUAUUUGAUUUUCUAGUGUAAAUUUUACAUUAAGCCAUCAUCUAUAAAUUCCUACUUGCUCUUAAAUAAACAAAAUUUACAAACGAA